AUGAAGGUCUCUUCCGUUCUUCUGGUAACUUGUCUACUGGGACUCUGCCAUUGCAGGAGGUCCAAACUUCCCACUGACGGACUCCACAUCGAGGUUCUAGACGACUAUGUAGAGGAUGAAAUAGUGACCAGUGAAUUUGUAGAGGAGACAAGGAAAAGAGGACCAAGUGGCCAAAGACAGAUGUGGGAUUUGUCCAACGGAACUGUCCAUGAAGUAGAGCACAGACCGUCCUCAACUCGUAGACGUAAUGCUGGAAAGAUAACGGUGGAAGAAUCGGGAGCAACAACUCAUUCUGGAGAUACUACUACUAUGCAUACUCCCAGUCCAGAUGAUGACGAGUCUCUAUCCCUUGAUGGCAAUACAGCGAAUCUCACUGUACCAGAAGAUGCCACCGCUACAAAGAUCGUUAGAGGAAGUGAUACUGUAUGGACCUUUUCAUCUGGAGAAAUGUUCGAGUAUGCUAAGGCAUACUUUGACAAGGAGAAUAGCCCCAACCUCUUAUUAUCGUAG